ACCGGCACGGCGGCCAGGAACCGGGCCGAGCGAGGGGCUCAGGGCAGCGGCUCGGCCCCCCGGGAGCGAUGUUCUCCCGCAAGAAGCGGGAGCUGAUAAAAACCCCCUCCAUCUCCAAGAAGAGCCGGGCGGGGAGCCCCGUCCCGCAGAGCCUGCCGGAGCUCUCCCGCAAGGAUUGCCUGGAGGCCCCGGGCUGCAGCGCCGGGGAGCUGCCCGCGGGCAGUGCCAAGCUCAGCAGCAGCCCCAGCGCCGUGGGCACCCUGAAGCGCCCCACCAGCCUGAGCCGCCAUGCCAGCGCCGCCGGCUUCGCCCUGCCCACGGCCCCCCGCGCCGGGCCCAAGGGCCACAAGACCCCCAUGGCCUACAGCCCUCUGGAGGGCGGGGAGGGUCCCUUCAUCGACCCCGAGGACAUCUCCCAGCUGCUGGCGGACGUGGCCCGCUUCGCCGACGCCCUGGAGAAGCUGCGGGACGUGGUGCUGCGCGAUGACCCCAAGGAGCGUCAGCGGCCGCUGGCCCACGAGUGCCUGGGUGAAACCCUCCGCAUCCUGCGCCAGGUCAUCAACAAGUACCCACUGCUCAACACCCUGGAGAUCCUGACGGCCGCUGGGACCCUCAUCUCCAAAGUCAAGGGUUUCCACUAUGAAUCCAACAAUGAGGCGGACAAGCGCGAGUUCGAGAAGGCCGUGGAGACCAUCGCCGUGUCCUUCAGCAGCACGGUGUCCGAGUUCCUCAUGGGGGAGGUGGACAGCAGCACCAUCCUCUCCGUUCCACCCAGCGACCAGAGCCAGACUAUGGAGAGCCUCUGUGGGGGGAUUCCUGGCCCUAGAGGAGAUGGAGCGCCCUCAGGCACGGACAGCUGUGACACGGCCCGUCCUCCUGCUGAAGAAGUGGAUGUGAUGCUGCAGCGCUGUGAGGGCGGCGUGGACGCUGCCCUCCAGUAUGCCAAAACCAUGUCCAAGUACAUGAAGGACCUGGUGGGAUACGUGGACAAAAGGACCACACUGGAGACAGAGUUUGCCAAAGGGCUCCAGAAGAUGGCAAAUAUGUACAAGCAAAUCAUCAGUCAGGAGACCAGCAUGCCUUUCCUGUCCAUCUACCUGCUGGCCCUGGAGCAGGACAUGGAGCACGGGAUCUCAGUUGUGCAGGCAGCCAGCGCCCUGCAGCAACAAAGCUUCCUUCAGCCACUGACAGUGAGACGCCUGGAACACGAGAAACGCAGGAAGGAGAUCAAGGAGCAGUGGCACCGGGCGCAGAGGAAACUGCAAGAGGCAGAGGGGAACCUGCGCAAGGCCAAGCAGACUUACAUGCAGCGCAGCGAGGAGCACGACAAGGCCAAGUCCAUGGUAGUGAAAGCAGAGGAGGAGCAGCAAAACACCACCAGCAGCAUCACCACCAAAACCCUGGACAAGAAGAGGCGGCUGGAAGAGGAAGCCAAGAACAAGGCAGAAGAGGCCAUGGCCACCUAUCGUACCUGCGUGGCCGAUGCAAACACGCAGAAGCAGGAGCUGGAGGACACCAAGGUGAACUCGCUGCGGCAGAUCCAUGAAGUGAUCAAACAGACUGACCAGGUCAUCAAGUCGGUCACCAUCUCCUUCUACCAGCUCAUGCAUAUGCAGACAGCGCCUCUGCCCGUGAACUUCCAGACUCUGUGUGAGAGCAGCAAGCUCUACGACCCGGGCCAGCAGUACGCCUCCCACGUCCGGCAGCUGCAGCGCGGCGACGAGCCCGACGUCCAGUACGACUUCGAGCCCUACGUGUCCCACAGCGCCUGGUCUCCCUUUACUCAGGCACAGAAGGGCAGCUUCAGUGCCAGUGAGUUCCCCACCAGUGCAGAGGGGGCUGGGGCUGGCUCAGAGGGAGCAGCAGGAGCCAAGGAGUCCCCAAGUGGGGCUGGAGCAGCCGAGAGAAGAGGUGGGAGGGGACACAAGGUGCAUAAAUCCUGGCCAACCUCUGUCACUGAUGCUGACAGCAGCCUGGAUUCCAAUGCAGGGGAGUUCAGCCACAAGCUGCAGCGCCUGUCGUCCAACGGCACCGCGUCCUCCAGCGAGGAGCUGGAGGAGAAGGACGGCACCACCACUCCCUUCGAGCAGAGCAUCAACGGGAUCACCCCGGAGCUGGCAGCUCCCACAGGGCCCUUUCGGAAUGUUGGCUUGUCCAAGGCUGCCCAGACCCACCGGCUGAGGAAGCUCCGUGCCCCUUCCAAGUGCCGGGAGUGCAACAGCUACGUGUACUUCCAGGGAGCCGAGUGUGAGGAGUGCUACCUGGCCUGCCACAAGAAGUGCCUGGAGAGCUUGGCCAUCCAGUGUGGGCACAAGAAGCUCCAAGGGAAGCUGCAGCUCUUCGGGCAGGACUUCACCCAGGCGUCUCGGGGCAGCCCGGACGGGAUCCCCUUCAUCGUCAAGAAAUGCAUUUCAGAGAUUGAGAAGCGAGCCCUGAAAACAAAGGGCAUCUACCGAGUUAACGGCGUCAAGACACGCGUGGAGAAGCUUUGCCAGGCCUUUGAGAACGGGAAGGAGCUGGUGGAGCUGUCCCAGGCCUCUCCUCAUGACAUCAGCAACGUCCUGAAGCUCUACCUGAGACAGCUGCCAGAGCCCCUCAUGCCCUUCAGGCUGUACAACGAGCUGAUGGGGCUGGCCAAGGAGAGCCUGCAGGGCGGGGAGGCCAAGGGCCGCAGCGGGAAGGGCAGCCCCGAGCUGGUGGACAGAGGAGCUGACACCGACGGCGUGGUGCUGAGCCUGGUGCUGAGGCUGAGGGAGCUGCUGAAGGAGCUCCCCUCGGAGAACAUGGCCACGCUGCAGUACCUCCUGCAGCACCUGAGGAGGAUCAUGGAGGUGGAGCAGGACAACAAGAUGACCUCAGGCAACCUGGGCAUCGUCUUCGGGCCGACGCUGAUGCGCCCCAGGCCCACGGAUGCCACGAUUUCCUUGUCCUCGCUGGUGGAUUAUCCCCACCAAGCUCGGAUCAUUGAGGCACUCAUCAUCUUCUACCCCACCAUCUUCGAGCACAAGGACGUGGCACCAGCUGAGCCCCGCAGACGUGGCUCAGCUGCCACAGAGGAGGUGGCCAGUGGGGCUGAGCAGGUCCAUGCAGGCUCCCAGCCCGUGGCUCCUCUUGGCACCAGCCCCUUCCUGGAGCGGCCUUCAGAGAAAGGGAAUUUGGCUUUCAGCGCUGACUCGCUUGCAGAGUCCGGCGACCGCUCCGUGGACUCCGACUCGGAGCUGGAGGACGCUGGGGAGCCACCGACACACCUGACCAAGCAGGGGAGCGAGACCAGCACGGAAGAGGUUAAUUUCUGUGACGAGGGGAGCGAGGGGCUGCGGAGCAGGAGCUGCAGCGUGGGCCAGUGGGAUGCAGAGGGCUCCGCUCCCCGCUGCUGCAGCCCUGGAGAGGAGCAAAGCGACCUGGAGGAACACGCCGAGAGCCGCGGCCCCAGGGAUGGCACAGACCAGCCCGGCAGCUCUCGGGGCCACGGCAGCCACGAGCUGCAGCCCCGGCUCAUCUGAGCCGCCACGGACACCGGGAUGGACAAAGGGGCGAAUCCCCCAGGCUGCGCAGGUGCUGGGAAGUGGAAUGUGGAGGGGUGGGAGGGACAUGUGGCAGCCCGGGGGGGUUUGGUGUGUCAGCUGCAGGCGAGUCCUGGCUGAUUCCUGGCUGGAGCUUUCACACAAAACCCCUGAGCCCCUCAGUGCCCAGCCAGAGAACAGGGUCACAGCCUGCUGGGACCCCUGGCUCAGCUGGGGCAGUGAAGGACCUUGCUUCCCUCCUCCUUGCUUGGGAGGGAGCUGAGUUUGGGCAAACCCUCCACUUGUUGAGGACUGGGGAGGAACCCAGGGCUGUGCCAGUGCCAGGUGUUUUAUUUUUGUUGUGCACCUGAAUCCCUGAAUCCCUCACCUGUGCUGUGAGAUCGAGGUUGGGGGAGUCAAAGGACCUGUCAGCCCUGAUGGCUGAGGCUGGAAGGGAGCCAAGGCUUCCAGGAGUGACAUGGGAACAAGAAUCCCUCAGGAUGGGCAGGAGAAUGACACCACAGGAACAGAUGGCACUGAAGGCAGCUCACAGGGACAGGGACACAGCUGGAGCAGCUGCACCAUCUCACCCUGAGCCAGGCUGGCCUUUGGGGCUGUGCCAGGAUCUCAGGGGAUGUCCCUCACUGUCACCUGACUGAAGCAGGGUUCAGGAUGGAUUUCCUGCCCCAAAACCUCAGCACUGUGGCCCAGCUGAUGGCAUCUUCCUUGCUGCUUGGGUUGACAGGAUUUGGAUUGGUGGCAUUUCCCUCCUUGGCAGGAGUGCAAGGAGCAGCCUCAGGCUGUGGCAGGCUCUGCAGGGUCCUGAGCCCUGCUGAGCUGUCCUGGUUUGGUUGUACAGUCAUUUCAUCUCCAAAAAACUGUGCUGCAAGUCCAGGACCAACUCCCUCUGCUCUUGCAGCUGGGCAAGGGGCAGGUCCCCAUGGGGAAGUGCCUCUUCUUCCUCUUCCUCCUCCUCCUCAGGGCCACUCUGGCCUGGAUCCAGCCCAGCCCAGCCCCAGCCAGUGUAAUUUUGAGCUUCCUUUCCUUUUCUGCAAAGACGUGAACCAACCCUUCAAUAUGACUCCACUACCUCUGCUGGCACAGGGACUAAAGCCAAAGUGGUUUUGGUUUUUUUUAGGUUUUUUUUUUUUUUUUUUUUUUAAAGCUAUGAGACUUUUUCCUGCAUUGAGGCACAGAGAAACAAGUAGAGUUUUAGCUUGGAAAGAGCUGAGAGCCUUUUCCUUUGUUCUCCUGCUUGUGAGAGACAGACCAGGUGGUGUUGGGGGCUCUCAAACACCUUGGUACUGCAAAACCAGGCAAUGGACAGGAGUUUUGAGCCCAUCUCAGCAAAGGUACAUAAACCCAGGUUAACUCACAGGUUUGGAACUGAGCCAGGGAAGAGCUGGACACCUGCAGGAUCUUUUGUCUCCUUCAGCUCUUCCACAGAUCUGGAUUUUUCAGGGGCACAGCUGGAUUUUUUCCAGGGCAGCAGGAUGUGGGAAUGCUGCUGCCACGGCGGUACCGUGUGUGUGUGUGAGGGUGGGUGAGGAUGAUGAGGGUGAGUGUGAGUGAGGGAAGGGGCUAAAGCUGCACUUGAGCUUCCCACAACAGCAGCUCCCUCCUGGUUGUGUCAGUUCUGUUUGUCCUGACAGGCCUGUGCUGCUGCACCAUGCUGCCUUGCUGCGUUCACAUUGGCAAGCUUCCCAAAAAACCAAUAAAACCAAUGUGUUCUGACGUGUUUGUCCUGGGGAUCAGGGUCUUCCAGGCUCCCCCUGCCACAGGAGGCCAAAUCCAAAUGUUUCUGGCACAAAAAGUGAAGUUUAAAGCUCCCCAGAGUCCUGGGAUGGAUUGAAGUGAGU